UCGAGCUCCUUAUUCCCUUGUGUGGAGGCUGCUGCCAGCAGGCGCCUUCCUGCGUUCCGUCCUCUACAUGCAGAUACCCCCGGGGGUGCCCGGCUACCACACAGGCCGCUCGCGGAGAAGGGGGCACAGCUCUUCAGGUCGCUGUAUAGUUUUAUCCAUAGAGAGAAGGCGCCCUCUGUGCCAGCAUGCUGUGCUAUGUGACGAGACCGGACUCGGUGGUCAUGGAGGUGGUGGUGGAUGCCAAGGCUAAUGGGGAGGACUGCCUCAAUCAGGUUUGUGAACGACUGGGCAUUAUUGAAGUGGAUUACUUUGGCUUACAGUUCAUUGGAAGUAAAGGAGAAAGUCUAUGGCUGAAUCUGCGAAACCGGAUAUCCCAGCAGAUGGACGGGCUGGCUCCCUUCAGGAUGAAGCUAAGAGUCAAGUUCUUUGUGGAGCCCCAUCUCAUUCUUCAAGAGCAGACCAGGCACAUGUAUUUCGUGCACAUAAAGGAUGAUCUCCUGGCUGGUCGUCUGCAGUGUUCCCCAGAGCAAGCGGUAGAGCUGAGUGCAUUGAUCGCCCAGUUAGAGUAUGGAGAUUAUAAUCAGAACACUGCUCGAUACCAGAAUCUCUGUGCAAAGGAGCUUGAAACGACGACAUUAGAAAGUAUUAUUGAAAAGCACAAAGGCUUGGAAGGACUAAGCCAGGCAUCGGCGGAGUACCAGGUCCUUCAGAUCAUAUCCACGCUGGAAAACUACGGGGUGGAGUGGCAUUCCGUACGAGACUCGGAAGGACAAAAGCUUGUAAUAGGAAUAGGCCCUGAAGGUGUAUCCAUUUGCAAAGAAGACUUCAGUCCAAUGAAUAGGAUUACAUACCCUGUUAUCCAGAUGGCAACACAGUCAGGAAAGAAUGUAUACUUGACAAUAACCAAGGAGUCUGGAAAUAGUUUGGUCCUCCUUUUUAAAGUGAUCAGCACCAGAGCAGCCAGCGGCCUUUACAGAGCAAUCACCGAAACGCAUGCGUUUUACAGGUGUGACACUGUUACCAGCGCCGUUAUGAUGCAGUACAGCCGAGAUCUUAAAGGACAUUUGGCUUCGUUAUUUUUAAAUGAUAAUAUCAAUGUUGGCAAGAAAUAUGUGUUUGACAUUAAAAGGACAUCAAAGGAGGUUUACGACCAUGCACGAAGAGCCUUGUACAAUGCUGGCAUUAUGGAUCUGUACCCGAGGAAUGACCAUAGUGGGCAGGGUUCCCCCCUUAAGACCUCUGAAAGUACUCUUGACUGUAACAGCUGCGAGAGCCUCAGCUGUCAGCAAACAAAGGCGCUGCAGGAGAAGCUGAGGAAACUGAAGGAAGCCAUGCUGUGCAUGGUGUGCUGUGAAGAGGAAAUUAAUUCUGCCUUCUGCCCGUGUGGGCAUAUGGUGUGCUGCGAGGGAUGUGCCACCCAAUUGCAGUCUUGUCCAGUUUGCCGGGCUUCGGUGGAUCACGUUCAGCACGUUUAUUUGCCAACACACACAAGCUUGUUAAAUCUGACUGUUAUUUAAGAAGAAAAACAUCGUGAAGCCUUGGACACUUUUUAAUAAUAAAAA